CGCACGCCGCGCGCGCCCGCCCGCCCGCCCCAGUGCUAUAAAGGGAAGGCGGGCUGAGCGCUCCGCAAGCUCCGUCCGGCGUUUUGCAUCCACUUUCAUCGACUCGUACGGUCGCUUGUCAGACCCUCAGCCGCCAAAAUGGUGAAGCAGAUCGAGAGCAAGAUUGCUUUUCAGGAAGCCUUGGUUGGUGCAGGGGAUAAACUUGUAGUAGUUGACUUCUCAGCCACGUGGUGUGGGCCUUGCAAAAUGAUCAAGCCUUUCUUUCAUUCCCUCUCUGAGAAGUAUUCCAAUGUGGUGUUCCUUGAAGUAGACGUGGAUGACUGUCAGGACGUCGCUUCAGAGUGUGAAGUCAAAUGCAUGCCGACCUUCCAGUUUUUUAAAAAGGGACAGAAGGUGGGUGAAUUUUCUGGAGCUAAUAAGGAAAAACUUGAAGCCACCAUAAAUGAAUUAAUCUAAUUAUGUUUUAUGAAAAACAUAACCAGCCCUUGGCUGUUGAAAACUUGUAAUUUUUUUUUUAUUUACAAAAGUAAAGAUCAAGUAUGAAGACUCUAUACCCAACUGCCGCCUGAUUAUAAGUGACAAUAAAAUAUUAAUUCUGCCCUUUUUAAAACUGUCUGGUGUCUUUGAAUAGCUUUCAGAAUAAAUGAAAUGUGGCCAUUAAAUGACA